AUGGACCACUUAUCUGAUGUUUUCAUUGUCUCUGGUGUAAGAACUCCAAUUGGAUGUUUUAAAUCAGCACUCUCAUCUAUGACAGCUGUCGAGUUAGGAGGAAUUGCUAUCAAGGGAGCAUUGGAAAAAAUUUCUUUAGAUCCUAUGGAAGUUGAAGAAGUUUUUAUGGGUAAUGUUUGUCAAGCAAAUAAUGGGCAAGCUCCAGCUCGUCAAGCUGCUUUAAAAGGCGGUCUUUCAAUUACUACUCCUGCUACAACAAUUAAUAAAGUUUGUGCCUCGGGACUAAAAUCUAUUAUGCUUGGGGCACAACAACUUCAAACAAAAGAACGUGAUUUAGUUGUUUGUGGUGGUAUGGAAUCAAUGUCAAAUGUCCCAUUUUAUAUUAAAAGGGGAGAACUUACUUAUGGGGGUUUUCAAGGAAUUGAUGGAAUUGUUAAUGAUGGUUUAUCUGAUGGAAUAACCAAAAUGCAUAUGGGAGAAUGUGCUGAGAAGACAGCAGAAGAAAAUGAAAUAACAAGAAAUGAUCAAGAUGAAUUUGCAGCUCUUAGUUAUCAACGUUCUACAAAUGCAUGGAAUAAUGGGAUUUUUAAAGAUGAAAUUAUUCCAAUUACUAUUAAAGAUCGCAAAGGGGAGAUAAUAGUUGAUAAGGAUGAGGAAUAUCAAAAAUUUAAUCCAUCUAAAAUGAAAACCUUAAAGAGUGCUUUUAAAAAGGAUGGUACAAUUACAGCAGCAAAUGCUUCCCCAUUAAGUGAUGGUGGUUGUGCUGUUGUUCUUGCUAGUGCAAAAAAAAUUAAUGAAUUAAAUUUAAAACCAUUGGCAAAAAUAAUUACUUAUGGAGAUGUUGCUGUUAAUCCUAUUAAUUUUGAUCAAGCUCCAACACACCUUAUUCCAAUACUUUUAAAAAAAUCUGGUUUAAAAGAUUCUGAUAUAGCAUUAUAUGAAUUAAAUGAAGCAUUUAGUACUGUUCCACUUUUUGCUAUUAAAAAACUUGGAAUAAACAUUGAUAAGAUAAACAUUCAUGGUGGGGCUGUAUCAUUAGGACAUCCAAUUGGAAUGUCAGGAGCAAGAAUAUUAACUCAUCUUGUAUACUCUUUAAAGGAAGGACAAUAUGGUUGCUGUGCCAUUUGUAAUGGAGGAGGUGGUGCUUCUGGAAUGAUAAUUCAAAAGAUGUAA